AUGCAGGACGCCAACGCCUUGUGGGAGCGGAUUGAAGGGCUGGAGGCGGAUCUGCGCAGUGCACGGCUGGAGGCAGCGAGGGCGAGGGCUGCUCUGGAGGCGCAGGAGCACAGAUGCGCUGGACUGAUGGAGGAUGUGCGGCGGCUGGAAUCAGACAGGACGCUGUUGAAGAAGCAGGUGGACGCGUUCGCGUCUCAGCUGCACCUCACCAACUCGCAGCUGGCUCAGGCGCAGGCGGCUCUGCAGGCAGCAGAGGAGCAGAACAAUGCGCACUCCAACCAGUCGGAGGAGCAGGCAGCAGCGAUGCGCAAGGCAGUGGAAGCAGCAGGCAUUGAGAGGGAUGCGGCUGUGCUUGCCAAGGAGGACCUGGCAUCACAGGUGCGGGUGCUGAAGAGACGACUGCAGGAGGCAGAGGAGGAGCAAUGCAAGGCAGAAGAGGCAUCGGCGGCGCUAGCAGCCGAGCUGAGGGCGCUGCAGCACUCAACAGAGGCCACAGUGGAUCGGGCAGGUGCGGCAUUUGCUCCCGACCCUGACCAGCUCAGGGUUGCUGAAGCUGCCAGAGAUGCCGCCAAGGCUGAGCUGCAGGACCUGCGCCAGGAACUGACAGGCAUGCGGCAGCAGCUGAUAGCGGAGAGGCAGAGGGCGGCAACGGCUACUGGAGGCAAGGAGGCUGUUGAGAAGCAGCUGGCAGUGGUGCAGGCAAAGCUGAAGGAGGCAUUGGAAGCAGAGGAGAGGCUCAAGAUCCAUGCCAAGGUGGAGGUUCGACAAGAGGUGGAAGGGGACCUCAGGUCCGACAUCGAGGCUGAGGUUCGGCAGAAGCUGGAAGCGGAGGUCCGGGAAGCAGCUGAGGCUGAGACUCGGAAGAAAAUGGAAUCCGAGGUUCGGCAGGACGUCGAGGGGAAGGUUCGGAAAGAGCUUGAAACGGAGGUUCGGGAGAAGUUGAAGGCAGAGGUUCGGGAGGAGCUAGGAGCAGAAGCUGGGAGAAAUGCUGUGGAGGUCUUAAAGCCCAGCAGUCAAGGAUCGGUGGGAUCGGUAGAUGUGGGAACUCAAGUGAUAUCUGUGAGCGAGGAGGCUCGGAAAGAGAUUGAAGCAGCCGCUGUAGCUCGGAUGCGACAGGAAAUGGAAGAAGAGAUUCGGAAGGAGCUUCGGAACGAGUUUGAGAAGCAGAUUUGGGAAGAGGUGACUGAGAAGGUUCGGGAGGAGGUGCGGAAGGAGGUAGAAUUGGAGUUGAAAAAGUCUAAGGGCGAUUCUGAGGGUGCUUCGACUGCUGCUGCUGCUGGUGGAGCUGGUGGUGGAGUUACGGUUGAGAGUGGUGGAGAGGGUGUAGGGGACAAUGAGAGAACGGAGGUGGAGGGUAAAGGUGAAGAUGUGGGAGGUGGAGGAGAAAGAGAAGGAGCAGGAGCAGGGGCAGGAGAAGGGGCAGGAGCAGGGAUCGGAGAAGGGGUGGGAGCAGGGGCAGGAGCAGGGGGGGGAGAAUUGGCGGGAGCAGGGGGAGGAGAGGCAAGUGAAGCAGUGGGGCAGUCUACUGAAGAGCUUGCACGAUUGAAGGCAAUUUGCCAUUCCUUUCUUCCCCGCUCUAAUGGCUGCCUGGAGGACGCGGAGAAAGCAGAGGAGGAGCGGGGUCAGCUGCAGCAGCAGUUGGAGAAGCUACAGGUGUCGCUGGCUAAGAAGGAGAAGGCACGGCUGAGACUGCUGUCUGAGGUGGAUUCCCAGUCGCUGCAGAUAGAGAGACUAUUCGCGGAGAAUUCAGGGCUGGCAGCGGGGCUCAAGGAGGUCUCUGCCAUUGCCGCCCGCUGGGAGGCUCAGGUGCGCGCAUGGCAGAAGCUGCAGAGCGAGCAGCAGCAGGAGCAGAUGGACAGCGGCAAAGGGGCAGCAACAGCAGCAGGUGCAGCAGCAGGAGCAGGAGCAGCAGCAGGAGCAGGAGCAGGAGCAGCAGCAGGAGCAGCCUCAUCAGCAGAAAAGACAGAAGCAACAGGGGAGUUAUCAGGAGAAGAGAAAGGAGGGGUGGGAGGAACAGGAGCAGCAGCAGGAGGAGUAAGAGCAUCAGGGGCGGUGGGUCCGGGGUUAGGAGACACGGACACAGAGGCAGACACGGAUGAUCAAGAGCUGCCAGUCUCCACCUCCCCCAGACAGCACCUGGAGCUGCCACCAGUAAACACCUCCCCCAGGCAACUUCUGGAAGUGCCACCGUUUUCUGGUGCUGGGACCUCAGCAAGUGGGGAAGAGAAUGGGGAGGUGGUGGUGGGUCUGCAGGGGGAUGGCGUGAAGAUGGAGGGGUCAGGAGCGGUGGAAGGUGGUGGAGAGGAAAGGGCAGGGAAGGAGGAUGGGGAGAAGGAGGAGGUCGGGGAUGGGGCUAGAGGUGGGGAGGAUGGGGGAGUGGGACAGAGGAGGGGAGUGGGUGUGGAGGUGAUUGGAGGGAAGUCUAUGGAAGUUCUGGAGGAAGAGAACAGGAAGCUUAAGGACGAACUCACCGCCGCCCAGCACCGCAUCCGCCAGCUGUCAGUGCAGGCACUGCGCUCCGAUGCCAGUUGCACCACAGCCGUCCAGAGGCUCUCGCAGACCAAGCGGAUGUGA